AUGAGAAGGAUUGUUUGGACAUGUCUAAUAAUAGCCACAGUUGUCAAUGUACAGGGCUACAGGAAAUACGGACGUGACUGCAGAGAUAUAUCAUGUCCUCCCGGUCAGAUAUGCAUCAUAACCCGGAAACCAUGUACAGAAUCAAAUCAACUUGGCGAUCAAUGUGGGGAGUACCCUACAUGUGAAGCAAAGGAAAAGGAGCAUCACUCCUUGAGUUCAGGUGAUUUCUUUAAACGUCGAAAGCGUCAAGCUAAUCAGCAAGGAUACGGAAUGGGUGGAAGUGGAAUGGGCGGAGGCAAUGGGAUGAAUAAUGGAGGAAAUGGAAUGGGUGGCCAGAAUAGAAACGGAAUGGGAGGACAGAACGGAAACGGAAUGGGUGGAAACGGAAUGAUGGGGAAUGGAAUGGGAGGAAACGGAAAUGGCGGAAACGGAAUGGGACCCGGAGGAAUGGGUGGACGUGGAGGAAAUGGAAACGGUAUGGGUGGCAAUGGAAUGGGUCCAGGGGGAAUGGGUGGUAAUCCAAUGGGCGGAAUGGGUGGCAGGGGUGGUUAUGGAAACGGGAUGGGUGGCAAUGGAAUGGGACCAGGAGGAAUGGGCGGUAAUGGUAUGGGUGGUAAUGGAAUGGGUAAUGGUGGCAUGGGGGGUAACGGAAUGGGCGGCCAGGGUAGUUACAAUGGAAUGGGAGGACCAAAUGGAAUGGGCCGUCCAAAUGGAGGUGGUGGUCCAAACGGAGUGGGAGGACCAAACGGAAUGGGCGGACCAAAUGGAAUGGGCGGACCAAACGGAAUGGGCGGACCAAAUGGAAUGGGCGGACCAAAUGGAAUGGGACGUCCAAAUGGAGGUGGCGGACCAAAUGGAAUGGGUCCUGGCAACUGGCAAGGCAAUAAUGGCAACGGUAAUAAUGGUAAUGGUAACAAUCGCUACCGAGGCGGAAAUUCAAAUCAAAGUACGACUUCCGCGACAACGACGAUUGGGUGGUAA